AUGCAAAGGUCAAACCUUGUGCCACCAUCUGACAUCCGUCAAGAGCAGCAUUUUGCACACGAUUUUGCAUUUGGGGCUCCUGAUCCUUAUCAUCAGACUCUACAUUUUAGUCCUCUAAUCGAUUCUGAAGGACCUGCUAAGAAUGCGGUUACGCAUCUUGGCCAUGAAUAUAGAGGUCCUGCUAAGAAUGCGGUUACGCAUCUUAGCGCUGAGUAUGGAGUUGCUACUAAGAAUGUAGAGCAUGACGAAAUGGUUAGGAAGAUGAAAAGUCUAGAACAAGCUAUGAAGAACUUGCAUGGAUCAGGAAGCUAUAAAAGCGUUUCAUACAGUGAUUUGUGUAUGUUCCCGAGUGUUCACUUACCUCCGGGGUUUAAGACACCGAAGUUUGACAAGUACGAUGGGCACGGUGAUCCCAUAGCUCAUUUGAGGAGAUACUGCAACCAACUGAGAGGAGCUGGGGGUAAUCAGGAAUUGCUCAUGGCUUACUUUGGGGAGAGUCUCACUGGUUUAGCUUCGGAAUGGUUUAUUGAUCAGGACAUUGUGAAAUGGCAUACUUGGGAUGAUAUGGCAAAUGAGUUCGUGCAACAAUUUCAGUACAAUAUUGAUCUGGUUCCUGAUAAAAAGUCUCUAACCAACCUGAAGAAGAAAGUUACCGAAAGUUUUAGGGAGUUUGCGGUUCGUUGGCGUGAACAAGCAGCAAGGGUAAAGCCACCAAUGAGAGAAGGAGAGAUGGUGGAGACUUUUCUCCAUGCACAAGAUGAGACAUAUUAUCAACACAUGAUCCCAACCCUAGGAAAACCGUUCAUUGAGGCCAUUAUAAUGGGAGAAAUAAUAGAAGAAGGAAUCAAAACAGGACGCAUUGUCGGCUUUGCCGCGUUGAAGGCAACAACCCAAGCCAUUCAAAAUGGUUCAGGGAGUUUUGGUGGAAAGAAGAAAAAGGAAGACGUAGCUACGGUUGCGCCUGGGCUACUGGCGAAACCCGAGGGGCCCGCCUCGCCAAUACACUCAACCCCAACCCCAACCCCAACCCCAAAACUACACCCAAGAUCCAUAUAA